UCUGGAGGCUCCGGACUGGGGACCAUCUCUGGAGGCUCCGGACUGGGGACCGUCUCUGGAGGCUCCGGACUGGGGACCGUCUCUGGAGGCUCCGGACUGGGGAACGUCUCUGGGCGCUCCGGACUGGGGACCGUCUCUGGACGCUGCGGACUGGAGGCUUCGUGCUAUGGAUCAUCACUGGAGGCUUCGUGCCAUGGAUCAUCACUGGAGAUUCACCCAGGAGGACUGGUCCAUGGAUCAGGCACAGGACUCAACAGGCUGGGGAGAGACACAGGAGGACUGGUCCGUGGAGCAGGUACUGGAAGACCAGGCUGUGGUGGAGCACUGGAGAUCUGGUGCGUAUCCCUGGCACCACUCUUCCCGGCUGAAUGCCCACUUUAGGCCGGCACCUCCAGAGCGCAGGCAGAGGACGAACCGGGCUGUGGGGGAGCACUGGAGAUCUGCUGCUUUCCACUUGCACCUCUCCUCUUGGCUGAAUGCCCACUUUUGCCUGGCACGGGCGGAGCGCAGGCAUAGGACGAACCGGGCUGUCACAGCGCACUGGAGACACAGUGGGCAGAGCCGGCGCAGGAUUGCCUGUGCCGAAACGGCGCACCGGAGACCAAGCACGCUGAGCUGCCACAAUCUGCCCUGGCUGGAUGCCCACUCUAGCGUCGCACUUGCAGAGAGCUGGCAUAUAGCGCACCGGGCUAUGAGAGCGAACGGGAGACACCGUGCGCUUUACCGCCAAAUGCGGUGCCCGAACUGUACCACGCUCCUUACGGUAAGCACGGGGAGUUGGCUCAGGUCUGUACCCUGACUCAGCCACUCUCCCUGUGUGCCACCACCUCCAAAAAAUGUUUUUGGGCUGCCUCUUGUGCUUAGUCCGCUGUGCCAACUCCUCGUAGCGUCGCCGCUCUGCUUUAGACGCCUCCAGUUCCUCCUUCGGACGGCGAUGUUCUCCAGCCCAGGGUCCCUUACCUUCCAAUAUCUCCUCCCAUGUCCAUUCCUCCAGAAAGCACUGCUGCUUCUCACCACGCUGCCUGGUCCGUUUAUGGUGGGAAGUUCUGUCACGGCCGUCGUUAAAGGAAGACAAAGGUGCAGCGUGUAAGCCUGUCGGGCCCUUCACUCCUAGGGCCACUGACAAGGGGCCAUCCAAAUCUCCUUUAGUUGAUCUUGAGCAAAUCCUGGGCAUCAAAGGACACCGCUGUGGAGCCCUGGUUGGUGGUGAUCACGGGUCAAUGCUGUUUCAUAUUGACGUUGCCACAGGAUCCAGGAUGGUGCUUCCUGAAUGAGAAGAAUCAGAGCGGGUUGGUUAGGUUGGAAAUGUCAUUGCAUGUUAACAGCUGUAACAUUGUCUGAAUAGUGAUGAAUACCAAGUGCUGUACAGGACUUACAACACAUUGAGAUGGUACUGAAGCUAUGUGAUGUGAAGAUAUGGCUGUUACUGCAGUGGCCUGGUGGACUGACAGAGUUGGUGGGAUGAGAUGGAGGAGUCUGGAGGUCAAAACAUGAACAAACAAACCAAGAAAAACAUCAGAAAUACUGAUUUAUUACCAACUGUUAAACUCUAAAAUACACAGUUUGUUAUGAUAAAAACAUAAUUUACAACAGGUUGAACUGGGUUCUCUGGAUUAGACUGAAUAAAAGUAUGGUUGACACGAAUGUAAUGUGUAAAAGCAGUUGUGGGUUAAGAAGUUGUGUUCCUUGUUGGCAGUGGAAGCUGGAACACACAUCACCACCCAGAACAUUCUGCUGUUUGUAAAUCAACUUCCUCUGAUCUAGGUUAUGUGUUCCGUGUAACAGAGGUAGUAUCACGUUGACGUCACUGGAGAAGAAUCUGUACUUACCUGAUCUGUGGCCUCGCCUGGCUCCUCCCACAAGGAGGUGGAACAACAUGGGGGAUAAUGGGGGAGGGGUGAUACCAGCCGCUCAACAACAGACCGACAGGCAGUUCUGGGAAACAGAAGGACAUUUCUGAGAAGUCACACCCCUACCUUUGUCUUGACAUAUCAAUUAUUGUUUGGUUAUGUGCAAGCUGUGGCAUAUAAAUGCAGCAUUCAGUGGGGUGAAUAAACUCUGAGCUUUUCUCUGCA